GCGGUCUUUUUAUCAGCGGCCAGGCUAGCUUCACGGAUUUUCACGUGACGCCAGCACGCUAGCCAAAUUGGAAGUAGAAGAAGAAGAAGACAGACAGCGUCAAUCGUUGACUUUGCAGACUUUGACUUUUAACUACGUUCUACGUCAGUAGCGUUAGUAGCAACUGGUAGCAACACAAGCAACACAAGCAACGAGAACCUGAAAUUGGAAAAAAGAUUAUCGGGGGUGCCGGUAUUCAUGUAUGGACUGUAAUUGAUCGAAAAUAAUUUUAUUUACGAGUGUACGAGAAAUAUGGAAACCAAAUAAAAUGUGUGAUGUGUCAGGACCAAACAAUUAUGCUGAGGUUAGAUAAAUAAAUAUAUUUCAGUUCGAUGUCCACCAUGGAGACGAAAGUAACAAGUAAGACUAGCAGUUUGAAAGCUUUAUUACUGCGGGCAUGGCGAGAACGAUGGAGUGAUUUACAAUGGGGGAUUAACAUCAAAACUAUAUUACCAAGGGGUGUCAGCGGAGAUGUUUACAACUUGGCAGAUUGUAUACUGCAGCAAGCUCUAGUCGGUCCGGGGCCAAAUCAUUUGGUCUUGUCGUAUUUGAAGCACUCGCUGAGCUCUCAGUUAGUGUCUUACGCUGCUGUUCUUCAGAGGAUAAGCAAAUACGAUGCUUUUCACAAACCGCAUUGCGUAGUAUGUCUUCUCGAAUUCUUAGAAACGAUUCAAGAAGGAAUAACAUGUCGUGGAAAACCAGAAGAGGAUUUGCUUGCAGCAUCAGUACUUUCUAUAGUACAUUGGUUGCUCCAGUGUUACUUGCACACUUUAACCAAAAUGCCACAGGCGAACUCUGUACCAGCACACACAUUUGAGCUGAUCAACAAGCCGGCUAGUAUCCUCAAACAAAUGCUCAGCUCGGAUUUCAUCUAUGCUAUGAUGUAUUUAGCAAAACACGAUGAUAGAGACCUCUAUUUCGACGUAGUGAAAAAGUGUCAAGAUAUCGAAGCACUGCACAAGACAAACAACAAUUUAAAACCAACACCCCCGAUCGAAGAUUCCUUGAAAAAAUUGUUGAAUCUCGAAAUUGACAGCAUGUAUUCAAGUUCUGCAAGCGUUCCGAUGGAACCGAUAACAUAUUGCCUUCAGCCGUUGUUAGCUGUACAAGUGCUUCUCAAUCCUAGUACCGAGACGGCAGUAUUCGUGAAUCAGUUGCUUAUGAUCCAACGAUUGAAGGGCUACACGAAUGCAAGACUGUACAGUGAAGUUAUGAGAGCGUGUUUAAUGUGCCUUCACAAUGUCACUGGAACGGUUAAAGAAUCGCAAUGGGGUGCUGUGACUUUUCUCAAAGUUCCUUUCAUAUUAAAAGAACUUCAUCAAACGACGUUGAGUGCCGCUGAUGAAAAGUACGAGUAUUCGCAAGACAUGAUUGAUGCUUUUGAGCUCCUUUUACAAUUCAAACCCCUCCUAGACAUCAUGGAUGCUACUUGUUCUUGUAAUAGUGUUGAGUGUCUUUUGAACGAAUUUCAAAAAGUGAAUCUCGUUACUGAGAAGCACGUUAAGCAGCUGAGCAGUAGAAGAGAGGGGGUUGCAGCAGUAUUACAGAAAUUAGAAUCGUCGAGUUCACCGACUUCAUCAAUAAUGAAAGUAAUUGUUAGAGCAGAGCCAACUUUAGCUGGUAUUCUUAAAACUCUAGACGCCGAUUAUGUUAAAAUUCAGGAAGCUCUCCUGAGCAUGUUGUGUCAAGUAUUGAAUGGCAAAAGUUUGGACCUUAUGCUCGCGGUCGCUACUGUUGAGGGUCAACUUAAAAAUUUCGUUAUGAAACUCAUCAAAUUUAACGAGUGUAGCAAAAUGAACGAACCGGUACCUGGAAAGAAUGCAGCUAUACCGGCGAUGCUUUUCGACAUAUCAUUUCUCAUUUUAUGUUCGAUCGUGCAGAAUUAUGGAUCGGAUAUUGUUUUGGACGAAGGUGGUGACUCUUUUUUCGAACAAUGGGCUCGUGAAUGUAUGCCAGAACGAGACAAGCCAAAAUCGCCUCAAAAGAUGUUGCAGGUGGUCGAUCCGUCGCGGGUAGAUGCUCUUCUCAGUCAAAUCAAUUCUGGUGAUCCAGACGGCAAGUUGAGUAACGUCGAGUGGCACAUGACUUGCCAAAGUGCAAUGGGAGUAGUGAAAGAAUUGCUCUGCGCCUGGGAGAGCGGAGUUGUUGGAGCAUGCGAUGUAAAGUGUGCUUUGGACGGCUUACGAUCGACAGCUUGCUGUUUACCAGUUUGCGCAGCUGCUUGGCUCUGUGCCCAUAUGAGUAUCACGCAUCAGGAUGCUCUCCUGAAACCCAUGAACAUGGUUCAACAGUUCGUUACGCCGUUAGCGACCGAUGAAAUGCAAGAUAAUUUCAAACAUGACACGUCCAGUUUGAUGUUUCAAAUAAUACGGAAAAUGCAGUACGAUGUUCACCCACCAACUCAAUCAAAAACGAAAGCCCUUUCAAUGGCUCACAACAUUAUAUCUCGGCAGCCGAUAUUAGAACAAUUGAAAAGUGUCUGGCUGGACAUUCAACAACGAGGAUGGGUCAACAUUCAAUCGACUCAAGCUCUUGAGUCUUUGCUCAACACAGGUGGAUCCGCGUGGUUCGUCUCAAACCUCGUUAAGGAAGGUCUCAAAUACAGAUAUCAAGAAGAAUUGAAUCAGGCGGUAGACUUGAUAUUUGCAAUAUUUCAUCUUGACAUUGAAAAUUGUACGCUCGAUCUUCUCAAUCACGUAGUACCUCGAUACCUAUACAAUUCUGUACAAAGCGAAGAACUGAUAGAGCCUCAGUCAUCGGAACUUGCCAAGCUCUGUGUCUACUGUAUCCUUUCGAGUCUCGAGUACAGUAAUUCCAUUCCACCACGAAGUAACAGCAGAAAACGAACGCGCGGUGAACUCGAGGCCGAAGAGCUAGAAACUCUGUGUGGUCCAGCGAACAAAAUUUUACGAUUAAACGAAUCGGGCGACACAAAUCCCAUAUUCAGCGCAAAUUCACCUCAGGCCCAAACUCCAACGAAUAAUCAACGAUCCAUUGUUCUUCGUGAACCUCUUUCGACAGCUCUCAACGAACUUUUCAAAUCUUUCACUUUCCUGGCUGGAAGAGAUGGGGAUGUUUCUCAACAGACUCAUUUCAUUCUUCAAUUUUUGCAACUUAUGGUGCAAUGUGGGAAGGAUAGGACCAGAGUUGUUCUUGAGGGAAUGCCACAGACUUUGGUACCUUGUUUACUAAAAGCACUGCCUGAACUAUUCACGACUGAGUUAUUACUUAAGUUAUACGACAUCCAAACAUUACCUGGUCGCAAAGCUACAGCUCGAGAUCUUUGCAUGUUAAGAAAUAUCAACCUUAAACCGACAAAAUAACGGUUUCCUCGGUGAAGAUACGAGUGAUCAUUCGGUGACAAUAUUUUAGAAAUUGGAGUUUCGAUUGAAUGUACAGUCUUCAAAAUUGCAAAACAAUGUUAAGAGCUAUAUAUAGUUUAGAGAUAAAUAAACAUAUUUUAUGUGAUACGUCGAACAGCAACGGAGCAUGAAGAUAGUGAAGGCAUCAGCAAGAACAAAAUAAAAAAAGAUUUGAACUUUGCAA